GGCUGAGUGGCACCAUGCAGCUUCAGGCCUCUCUCUCAUUUCUCCUGAUUCUCACUCUCUGCCUAGAGCUUCGAUCAGAACUAGCACGAGACACUAUCAAGGAUCUCCUCCCAAAUGUAUGCGCUUUUCCUAUGGAAAAGGGCCCUUGUCGAACCUACAUGAUGCGAUGGUUUUUCAACUUGGAAACUGGUGAAUGUGAGUUAUUUGCUUACGGAGGCUGCGGAGGCAACAGCAACAACUUUUUGAGGAAAGAAAAAUGUGAGAAAUUCUGCAAGUUCACAUGAUUUUCUAACAAGAACACAGCCCUCCAUGGAUUUGGGAUUGCUCUGAGGGCCAUAGAAGGCAUUUGUGUGUGUGUGUGUGUGUGUGUGUGUGAACAAGAGAUUCAUUCCUCUACCCCCACAUUUAUUCUCCCUGAUGUGCUCCUAAAAAUGCUUCAUCUCUGUGCCUGAAAUUCUAUAAAUGUUGCAAUCAUG